AUGGCGUUUGCCGGCGUGUCUAUCGUUGGCGACGGUGAGGUUGUGGGACAUGCCAUCAAUGUCUCCACGGCCAGUGGGUACCACCUGCUCGUGGUCAACCGCUACUUGCAUUCCAAAGCCACUACACCUAAUGGAAAGAGAAUCCAAUCUCUCACUUUCAUGGUCGGAGGCCACAAUUGGUGCAUCGACUGCUAUCCUAAUGGUAACAGAGAGUGUGCCAACUAUGUAUCUCUCUAUCUCCGCCUUGUUGAUGAACAUGUUGCAGAGGCCUUGAAGGUGCAGUUCGAAUUUAGUUUCGUCGACCAGCUUGAGAAACAAAAUUCGACAUAUAUUCGUGCAUGCCAGCCAAAGAACUUUUCGAGCAGUCAUCCAUCUUGGGGUUUCAAGAAAUUUAUGAAAAGCAAAGCCCUUGAGAAAUCAAAGCAUCUAAAGAACGAUUGUUUCACCAUCCGAUGUGACCUCGCCGUUGCCACCACCGUGGACCUCUUCAUCAAGGUACCGGCGUUUUGUCUGCAACAACAAAUCAGCGAUCUCCUGCAGUCUAAGGAGGGAACCGACGUGACAUUCAAGGUUGGCGAUGACAUGUUUGCUGCCCACAGGUGCAUCCUUGCAGCUCGGUCCGCAGUCUUCAAGGCAGAGCUAUUUGGCCCCAUGAAGGAGGGCACGAUAGCAAGUGUCAUCCACGUAGAAGACAUGGAAGCAAUAGUGUUUAAGGGCUUGAUAAGCUUUAUUUACACCGAUUCACUACCCGAAAUGGAGAAUGACAUGGUAGAGGAAGGGGAAGGUCAGGAAGCACUGUGGCUGCAACAUUUGCUUGCAGCAGCGGACAGAUACGAUCUUCAAAGGCUGAAAGUACUAUGUGAAGAAAAAUUGUGUGAACACAUCGACGUGAGCUCGGCGAGGGAUAUAUUUACUCUAGCUGAGCGGUACAACUGUUAUGGAUUGAAGGAGGUCUGCCUUGAGUUCAUCAAAACUCCUACUAAUUUGAAAGAGAUAACGGUGGGUGACAGCUUGGACGACAUAUUUAGAACCAGCCCCUCUCUUCUAAAGGAGCUCAUCAAGAAGUUCGCUUUAUAA